CAUACAAAAUGGGACACCAAAUAACUGAAAAAGUCGUCACCUUUCUCAUUUUCUUCAUUUCAGUGCUCUUCCUCCUAGCUGAGUCAGCUCAGCCUCCCUUUUCAUGUGACUCGUCAAACUCAAUUACCAGUUCAUUUCCCUUCUGUAACAAAUCCUUGACUAUCACCCAAAGGGUACAUGACCUCGUGUCGCGCCUUACCGUGGACGAGAAAAUCUCACAGCUGGUUAAUACUGCACCUGAAAUACCUCGACUCGGUAUCUCUGCCUAUCAGUGGUGGUCGGAGGGAUUACACGGUGUUUCUAAGAGUGGAAGAGGCACGACUUUCAAUGGCACCGUUAAGGGUGCAACUCAGUUCCCGCAAAUUAUUCUCACUGCUUCUACCUUUGAUGAACAUCUCUGGUAUCGUAUUGCUCAGGCAAUUGGAAGAGAGGCAAGAGCAGUGUACAAUGCAGGUCAGUUAAAGGGGAUGACAUUAUGGGCACCAAAUGUAAACAUAUUCAGGGACCCAAGGUGGGGAAGAGGGCAAGAAACACCGGGGGAAGACCCGAUGAUGGUGGGAAAAUAUGGGGUAGCUUAUGUAAGAGGAAUUCAAGGUGAUAGUUUUGAAGGUGGGAAACUUCAGGAUGGGCAUCUUCAAGCCUCAGCUUGUUGUAAGCACUUCAUUGCUCAAGAUGUGGAUAAUUGGAAUAACAUCAAUCGCUUCACGUUCGAUGCCCAUGUCCUGAAGCAGGAUAUGGCAGAUUCAUAUGAACCCCCCUUCAAGAGUUGUGUGGAACAAGGGAAAUACAUUGUAUCAGAUUGUGAUGCAGUUUCUAUUAUGUAUAAACAACAAGGUUAUGCUGAAGAACCGGAAGAUGCAGUAGCUGCUACCCUCAAAGCUGGCAUGGAUGUGAAUUGUGGUGCCCACUUGCAGAAAUACACAAAAUCAGCUCUAGAGAAGCAGAAAGUACAAGAAUCUGACAUAGACAGAGCUCUUCACAAUGCCUUCUCCAUUAGAAUGAGGCUAGGAUUAUUCAAUGGUGACCCAAGAAAAUUGGAAUACGGAGACAUUUCUACAGCAGAGGUUUGUAGUCAAGAACACCAGGCACUAGCCCUUUAAGCAGCAAGAAAUGGCAUUGUCCUUCUUAAAAAUUCUGACAGGAUCCUUCCACUUUCAAAGAUCAAAACAACAUCCCUUGCUGUAAUAGGUCCCAACGCAAAUGAUACCGAAGUACUUCUAGGUAACUAUGAAGGCUAUCCUUGCAAGAACGUUACGUUACUCCAAGGACUUCACGGGUAUGUUGAAAACACAAUGUACCAUCCAGGCUGCAAUUUCGUCAACUGUACUUCUGCUGCAAUAGAUGAAGCGGUUGAUAUAGCGAAAA